UGAGAAGGACUUAUGCGAAUAUCUUGUCUGUGUGAAUAGAAAGAACGAGGUUGCGGAAAGUCGGCGACGAGAGAGAGAGAGAGAGAGAGACAGAGGACCAACACACGCGAGCGCGCGCUCGCGCACACACAAGCACACACACACACACACACACACAAAACCUCAUAUACGAGACACAGGAGCGGAAACGGGUCGAAUCCUACUUCAAAUUCUCUUUCCUCUCGGCUUGUCGACCGGGGAAAACAAACCGACCCGAGGCACAGCGAAUGGGGAUUUACUAAUUAACUACUUACACACACAGAGACGCACACCUCCCUCUCCCUCCCCCUCCCUCCCUCCCUCCUUUCUCUCAGUUCCGUCAAGUCGAGGUUAUUAGUACAGUGGUGCUUUUUCGGUCCCUAGCGCGGUGAGAUGCUGGAACACACGCCCGGAAAGUGAUCGCAUACAUGGUUAGAUCGCUCGUUGGUGUCAGGAUAUCGAACAGCUGGGAGAGACUAGAGUGCACACCUUCUGUAGCACGAGGCGGUGCUGCUUGCCUUCCCGACCGGAUCCAGUGAGGCUAACUCAGCGGUCCAUUCCAAUCGACCUGAGCACGGCUUCGGCCUCAGGUUCCACACUGAGGCGAGGCGACUCCGGAGUCCAGGUGUGGUGAAGGUAUGGACUGUAACUGUGUCAGUGACUUGCUGCUCACCCCCCCUGUCCCAGCCCUCUGGACCCCAGGCAUUGCCUUCCCGGACUGGGCCUACAAGCCCGAGUCGAGCCCCGGCUCCCGGCAGAUCCAGCUGUGGCACUUCAUCCUGGAGCUUCUGCAGAAAGAGGAGUACCAGGGGGUGAUCGCCUGGCAGGGGGAUUACGGAGAAUUUGUGAUCAAAGAUCCUGACGAGGUGGCAAGACUGUGGGGUAUCAGAAAGUGCAAGCCUCACAUGAACUACGACAAGCUGAGCCGGGCACUAAGGUACUACUACAACAAACGGAUUUUGCACAAAACCAAAGGCAAGCGCUUCACCUACAAGUUUAACUUCAGCAAGGUGGUUCUGGUGAACUACCCUCUCCUGGACAUGGCCAGCUCCCCUUUCCUGCUCGCCCAGAACCACUUCAACGGCGGGUCGGCGGCGCCGGAUUGCAGCCCGGUCACCCCCGAGGCUCUGCAGUCCCUAUUCCCUCGCUUGCCGGAGUCAGUGAGGGCGGGUUCCCUGUUUGAGAGAGCGGGAGGCCCCCCAGGGCCCGAGGGGGACAAACUCAGACUGGACGCUUUUCCGUUUCUGAGCUCAGGUGCCCCUUGUUACUCCAAGCCCCCCUCUCUGCUGGGACCUUACCCCCGUAGCCCUCCCUUCGACUACCCCUGGGGCUUCAACCCCUACCUCCCAGGGGCAUUCUCCCUGAACAACUGUCCCAAACUGCCCUCCGGCUCGCUCUACCCCUCCCACUUCUACCCCAACCCGCUCCAGAGCAGCCUGUCCCAGCUGCCCCACCCCUUCUCUUCCCUGCUGCCGCCGAGCGACUCGGGAGAGAGGGGCGGGGGCCAAACGGGGGGGACCAACGGCACGGCGGGGGGGCAGCCCAGACUGUGCAUCCCCCCCUACCCGGGCGCCCUGUCGCUCAGCCGGACUGAACAGGGGAACGGGUGCGCGGGGGAGCGGGGAGAGGCUAACAGCCAGGGCAGCGGGCUGGGCUUGGGAUUGGGGCUGGGCCUGGGCCUGGGCCUGGGCCUGGGGGGCGUGGGUCUGGGGAGCGCCGGCGGCCGGCAGAGCCCCUCGGAGAGGCGGGGGGGGGUGAAGCAGGACCCCGAGUCCGACUCGGAGCUGGAGAUCACCGACCUGAGCGACUGCAGCUCGGAGAACGAGAACGAGGCCGACUUCGCCGUCUCCAAGGAGGCCAGGCUGAACAGCCGGCCGCAGGCCCUGGAGGGCAAAGCGACGGCGCCCCUUCCGCCCCUCUCCUCCCUCCCCCGCCACGCUUCUCCCCAUCCGCUCAAGAGCCUGCUGCCUGGCACCCCUCCACCUCCAUCCCUCCCUCCGCCUCCAUCCCUCCCGCCUUCCCUCUCUCCCUCCCUCUCUCUCGUGGAACGACACAGGGAAACAGAAGCACUUAAAUCAACUCACAGCUAAUAAAUACACUCUCUGGUUAACUACACCUUUCCCUCUGUCUCCCCUCUCUCUCUUUCUCCGUGGCUCCCUCUCUCUCUCUCUCUUUAAUGCCAUCUUUAUUGUCAUGGUGCUCUUUUAGCGUUUAUUUAUUUGUUCCUUCGGGCUCUUCUCCUCUGUCCCCUCCCUACUCAUCCCUCUCUGUGCUGUCGUUAGUUUCCUCUCUGCCGUGUCCCUGCCCUCUUUCAGUUCACUUCAUCCUUUCUCCCUCCCUCCCUCCCU